AUGGCUGGUGGUGGGAUCGUGCAGCUGUGGGCCAACUCGGGGAUCCGAAUCGUGGUCCUCCUCAGCUUCACAUUUCAAGUUUUCCUCUUCUUCUUCGGUGGGAUCCGUCGGCAGCGGAGAGCUGCCUCCCCUCUGCUGUCUGCCCUCCUGUGGUUGGUGUACCUUCUUGCUGACUCCACGGCGAUCUAUGCCCUUGGCCACCUGUCUUACUCCAGUCCGCACAAGCUCGCGGCCUUCUGGGCGCCGCUCCUGUUGGUGCAUUUGGGUGGUCCGGACAGCAUCACCGCCUACACCAUUGACGACAGCCGGCUCUGGCUUCGGCACCUGCUCACUCUUGUCGUGCAGACACUGGGAGCUGCCUAUGUCCUCUACAAGUAUGUUACCAGUGCUGGGAGGUUGCUUCUGUCAGCCUCUGUCUUGAUGUUCGCCGUCGGUGUCCUCAAGUAUGGCGAGAGGACAUGGGCGCUGAGAUGUGGCAGCUUGGAUGGCAUCAAAAGCAGAAUCAGAUACAAGAAUGUUCCAGGUUACAAAUAUUUUGAUACGGUGAAGAACAAUUUGCUCAAUCAGAAAGAUGAUAAUGACGAGGAACUUCUAAUUUUAGCUCAUUCCCUACUUGGACAAUGCAUGAAAUGCUUUGCCGGUUCCUAUGUUUGGCUUGUGGACUGUCCUCCUUGGGUAUAUCCUCUGGAAGAAGAUGACCCCGACCUAUACAAGUUUGUUGAGAUGCAGUUAUCCCUCAUGUAUGAUAUCAUGUACACAAAGGCUUGGGUGAUCCACACAUGGUACGGUUACUGCACCCGUGUCUUUUCUCUUGUCGCAACAAUAGUCACCAUACUGCUCUUCUCAUUCAGCAACAAAAAUGGUUAUAGUAGGGUUGAUGUUCGUAUCACCUAUUUUUUGUUAGCUGGGGCUGUGGCCUUGGAGAUCAUAUCAGUGCUGACAACCAUAGGGUCGAUAUGGAUGUGUGCUUGGCUGUGCAGCCUCAAAAGGACCCGUCUGCUUGUAAAUGUGCUAAAAUUCCUUCGCCGUCUUGUUCGAUCAGCAAGCAAGAGAAGGCAGUGGAUCUCCAUUGGGCAGUAUAAUCUGUUUCACUUUUGCACUCGUGACAAGAAUGAGCUAGGCAGCAAAGCAGCAAAGAAGAUGGGGCUCGACAAAUGGUGGACAAGUAUACAUUUCGUGUGCACCGCAGACAUCUCGGAAACAAGUCUUCCGGUGCUGCUUCUGGAAACCAAGACCAAAUUAGACCCUGAGUACUCAAGAGGCAUACAAAUACUGGAGAGGAGCGGAUUAGGCAAGGAGCAAGCUGGAUGGAGUCACUGGAGUUUGAGUUUGAACCUUGACUUUGGAAAGAGCCUCCUCAUCUGGCACCUUGCAACUGAUGUCUACCUUACUAGAUCCAAGGAGGUUGGACAUCAAGAAAAUCUAGCUAAAACAGUCAAGAUGUUGUCCAAUUACAUGAUGUUCCUGCUAGUGACCAAGCCCGACAUGCUACCUGGCUAUAUUGAUGAAACCUGGCUUGAGCGCACCCGCGACUCCUUGGAGGACCGGUCUGAGGACCAAGAAAAUACAAAAUCGCCCAAGAAAUGGUGGGGCAUGUUGAAGAAACAAUUCCGCAACGAUGGACCCAAUGGUUCCAGGAUCCAACAGAUAAAGCAGCUUGCUUCACAUUUUCAUAGCAGGUUCCUCAGUGAUCACGAGGGAAAGUGGGAGUACGCCCCCCCUGAAAACGAAGAAGCAGGUCCACAAAAACACUAUUGGGCUGCUGAUGUGCAUGCAACAGAACUUGCAGCGGAGUUUCUCCAUUUGGAAUCGAGGGUACCCAACUUGUUGCAAGUAAUUAUUCAGGUGUGGCUGGAAAUGUUGUUCUAUGCUGCCGGGCGCUGCGGCCCGGAAUCCCAUGCUCGUCAACUCAGCAGGGGCGGCGAAUUCCUUACGAUUGUGUGGCUUCUCACUCAACACUUCAAUCCCGACUAUCUAGAUAAUGUUUGA